AUGAGUCUGAGCGCUAAAAUAGUUGGACCAGAGAGAUCAAAUGGAAAGAUGGAAAUUGGCCUAGCAAUACGAAAGAAGUGUUACAUAGCGAGCGCCGUCUGGGAUGUUACGUACUGCUACACCGUUCUGCUAGCACCAGACGUGUCGCUGGGAGGUGCAGCGAAACCUACUAGAAAGGCGACGUCGGAGCGGAAUCUGAAAAUUGCUAAUAGUGUGAAUUUUGAAACUGUUGCAAUUCCUUCAUCAUGGCUGCAAUACUGCGAUGAAGAAGCACAGACUGAUGUUGCAAUUCUUGAAUUUUCAAAGCCUGAAAAUAAUUGUAGCAGUGUUAAAGAAAGAAUCAAUUGGGCUAAAAAGAAUAGUCUUUUGCAGAAUUUGGGGCUGGAAAAUCUAUGA